UGCUCAAUAGUAUACAAGUUCCGGAUUUCCGUGAGAAUCAGAUGAACAAUGAACAUGUUAACGAGAUUUUAAAUAACAAGAAUUCCUCAUUGCUCAAUAACAUGCAAGUUCCGGACCCCCGUGAAAAUCAGAUCGAGAACAUAGAUCUAACUGCCAAGCCGAAAGAAAGGAUUAACACAAUGGGGAAUGAAAAUAAAGUAUUAAAUCCACAACCUAAUAAUGAGAAUAGUAACUCUGGAAAGAAUCGACCUUUAAUUCAGUAA